AUGCUGGAGUCACAGCUCAUUAGCCAUCUUCUCUUGACAGCGAUACAGCUUCUCACUGGGCUUUUUGUAAAUGCCAUCAUUGUGGUUGUGCACGGCACGGGCUUGCUCAAGCACAGAAAGAUGAUUCCGUUGGAGGCCCUUGUUUCCUGCCUGGCGAUGUCCAGGAUCUGUCUAGAGCUGGCCAUCUUCUACCUUAAUCUGGCUGUUUUUAACUUGAUUGACAUCCGUCAGUUUGUGGGGAAGUUUGUAAUUCUCUCCUUUGUAAAUGAAUUGGGGCUGUGGUUUGCCACAUGGCUCAGCGUCUUCUACUGCAUCAAGAUUGCCAGGAUCGCUCACCCUCUCUUCCUCUGGUUGAAGCUGAAGAUCUCCAAGCUGGUUCCUUGGCUGAUUCUGGGGUCCCUCCUACAUGCAUCUAGCACCUGUGUCUUCCACAGCAAACAGCCAUGGAUCUUUUCCGAAGACCUCCUGGGCUUUUCCUCUCAAAAUGCAACAGCUGAAAGCGAAGACAUCGCUACUUUGCGGUUCACCCUUCUCUUCGCUGAGCUCUCCUUGCCAUCACUCAUCUUCCUCGUUUCUGCCCUGCUCUUGCUGUUCUCCCUGGGGAGACACACCUGGCAGAUGAGAAACACAGCCACAGGCCCUUGCCCCCGUGCGCGCGUCAGGUCCCUCCUGUCCAUCUUCGCCUUCCUGGUCCUCUACCUCUGCCACUACCUGAUGGUUCUUUUGCUCUUUUCUCAAGUUUUCAAACUUACAAGCCUCAGAUUUCUGUUCUGCAUCUCGCUGGUUGGUUCCUGCCACUCCGGACACUCUAUUAUCUUAAUUUUAGGAAAUCCUAAACUGAAACAAAAUGCGGAGAAGUUUCUCCUGCAUAGAAAGUGCCGUCAGUGA